AUGUUCAUAAACCGAUGACUAUUUUCCACAAACCACAAAGAUAUUGGUACUCUCUAUCUAUUAUUUGGUGCAUGAGCCGGUAUAGUAGGUACCGCCCUCAGUCUUUUAAUUCGCGCAGAACUAGGACAACCUGGUGCUUUACUAGGAGAUGAUCAGAUUUAUAACGUGAUUGUCACCGCCCACGCAUUCGUAAUAAUCUUUUUCAUAGUAAUACCUAUCAUAAUCGGAGGCUUCGGAAACUGAUUAGUACCCCUAAUAAUCGGCGCUCCUGACAUAGCAUUCCCCCGAAUAAACAAUAUAAGCUUCUGACUCUUACCGCCAUCUUUCCUACUACUACUGGCCUCCUCCAUAGUAGAAGCAGGCGCAGGAACAGGAUGAACCGUAUAUCCUCCCUUAGCUGGUAACCUAGCCCACGCAGGAGCAUCUGUAGACCUGACGAUUUUCUCCCUUCACCUAGCAGGUGUAUCAUCCAUCCUUGGGGCUAUUAAUUUCAUCACUACUAUCAUCAAUAUAAAACCUCCUGCAAUAUCUCAAUAUCAAAUUCCCCUAUUCGUGUGAUCCGUACUAAUCACAGCAGUACUCCUACUACUAUCACUACCAGUUCUAGCAGCUGGCAUUACUAUACUACUUUCAGAUCGAAACCUGAAUACAACAUUCUUUGACCCCGCUGGAGGAGGGGAUCCUAUUCUAUAUCAACACCUAUUCUGAUUCUUUGGACAUCCUGAAGUUUACAUCCUAAUCCUCCCAGGAUUCGGAAUGAUUUCACAUAUCGUUACCUACUACUCAGGGAAAAAAGAACCCUUUGGUUAUAUAGGAAUAGUAUGAGCAAUAAUAUCCAUCGGCUUCCUAGGUUUCAUCGUAUGGGCCCACCAUAUAUUUACCGUAGGAAUGGAUGUUGAUACACGAGCAUACUUCACUUCAGCCACUAUAAUCAUUGCAAUCCCAACAGGAGUAAAAGUAUUUAGCUGACUAGCUACCCUACAUGGAGGCAACAUCAAGUGAUCCCCAGCUAUACUAUGAGCCCUAGGGUUUAUUUUCCUAUUCACAGUAGGGGGUCUUACGGGCAUCGUACUAGCAAACUCGUCACUGGACAUCGUACUCCACGACACAUACUAUGUAGUAGCACACUUCCACUACGUCUUAUCAAUAGGAGCAGUCUUCGCUAUCAUAGGCGGAUUUGUUCACUGAUUCCCCCUAUUCUCAGGCUUCACUCUUGACGACACUUGAGCAAAAAUUCACUUUACAAUUAUAUUUGUUGGGGUUAACAUAACAUUCUUCCCCCAACAUUUCUUAGGCUUAUCAGGAAUACCUCGACGAUACUCCGACUACCCAGACGCCUACACAACAUGAAACACAGUGUCCUCUAUAGGCUCAUUUAUUUCACUUACAGCAGUAAUACUAAUAGUAUUCAUGAUCUGAGAAGCCUUCGCAUCCAAACGAGAAGUAGCAACAGUUGAAUUAACUACGACUAAUAUCGAAUGACUGCACGGAUGUCCUCCUCCCUAUCACACAUUUGAAGAACCUACUUAUGUUGUACUAAAAUAA